GGAAUUUAAUCAUUUAUUCUGUGAUAGCCGAAGCACCCGAGGCCGAUAAGAUGUUACCAUAGAUAAUAUAUAUUAUGUUACACUCUGCUACCACUCUACCAGUGAUUAAAAAAACGACUGUAGUUUACAUUGACCACGUGCUUGACCAGUAAGUUGUUGUGCUUGUUGCUACUAGCUUGAUAAAGGAUCAACUGAACAUUGAACAAAAYAAACUCAAAAUACUUAAAAUACUUGUCGAAAACUUGAAAAUGCUUUUAAGAUAUUAUCGCGGUGAAGACGGUACACGGGUUUACACUUUAAAGAAAAUGGAUCCCUCUGGCAACCAAACUUUAAGUGCCCACCCAGCUCGAUUUACUCCAACUGAUCAACAUUCUAAAGAGCGAAUUCGUAUCAAGGAGAGAUUUGGACUUCUACCUACACAAAAACCAGCACCAGAAUACUGAUAUCACACAAUAGCACGCAGAAGAAAGAAAAAAAAUGAACUGAAAACCCAAUUUGUCAACUUUAAUUCAAUAAAAUAAAUUCAUUUUUUUAUCAUAUAACA